CGUUGGUCUCCGAAGCUACAUUGUGAGCUUUGUUUCACGGACUGGAGGUUUUGUUAGGGUUUAGCACAAGGUGAUUGAGUCGUAGUCUUGGAUCACGCUCGUCUGUGAGCUUGUGUCCCUUUGAAAGAUUUUUCCGGUGGCAGGGUGGUUGAAAGCUCGGACGCCAUGGCGACCAAGGUGCAGCGGAUUAUGACACAGCCCAUCAAUCUUAUUUUCCGUUUCUUGCAGAGUAAGUCGAGGAUCCAGAUAUGGUUGUUCGAGCAGAAGGACUUGCGCAUCGAGGGUCGUAUCAUCGGGUUCGACGAGUAUAUGAACCUCGUGCUCGAUGAGGCGGAAGAGGUUUCCUUGAAGAAGAAAACGCGCAAGCCGUUGGGCCGAAUAUUGCUCAAGGGGGAUAAUAUCACACUUAUGAUGAAUACCGGAAAGUAAAGUUCGGAAGGGAUGGCGACGCACCAGAUAAUGUAUCGAAAAAUGUACGUCGUCGGGUUGGAUUCGUUUAUUUUAGAUUAUUUUAGAUUAGGGCUUCUUCCUAGUUUGUUUUAUGAGGCCUGUCACUCCUACGCACGGAGUAGUCAAGGUGUUUUUUUCUACCUCUGCGUCGACACCGAAAUGCAGGGUUUGACAUUCUGCGAUACGCAGUGUGCACAUGAGCUUUUGUACAUAUAGCUCAGGGAGUCGAUUAUUGAGAAAAGCUGAAUGUCGCAUCUGGGCGGGGUUGGAGCUUUUUGCCUCCGUUGAGCAUCUUCAAAGUAAACUCUAUUAUUUGCAAAAGUCACGAAAUUGUGUAUGCUUGUCGGGCGAUCACAUGUUCAAGUUCUCUCUUUUUAGAGUCAUUGGAGAGGCCAGAGUAUUAUUUGAUGGUA